AAGGCCAGAAUUAGAUGGCCUUGAAAAAGUAAAAUCCAACACCCCUCCGAGAAAAUGGUUUCUCCCCUUGCUGCCUGGUUGCGUGGAGACUAUUUUGACUGAGACUGAGCGAGCAUUCAAACUCACCAACGGGUUAGUCAAGUUACUGAACGGGUAGACGGAUAAAUACCAUGGUGGGAGUGGACUGCAGGUCUGAGCAGGAGAGGGUGUGAUCCCUCUGCGAUUGCUUGACAAAGAGGCAGACGGUUGGACAGACUGUCUCAACGGAGAAGAAGAAUGGCUCGAAAUGUUGGAUUUGACCUGAACCACCCUCUCGUGGAAGCUGGACUUGAGAGCCCAGUAGAUGAGGAAGGCGUUCAUGACUCAUUCAGCCAGCUGAUAGAAGAGCAGAGUCAGAACGGAGGACUGUCUGACGCCUUCGAGCUGCAGGAGAUUCAGAGACAACUGGACGAGGAGGAUAGAGACAAUGUAGCCAGCCUGUCCAGCCCUGGACAUGAGUUUAGGGGAAACAGGAAUGUGCGACGUCACGUGGAAUGGGAGGAUGAUGAAAGUCAGGCAGACUCCCUGCUAGGUGAACGAUGGUCCUCAGCAACCAUGAGGAUCCUGUCCUCCAUGCCCAGUCGUACAAUCGGUCGCAGCAGGGGAGCCAUCAUCUCUCAGUACUACAACAGGACCAUGCAGCUUCGGAGACGCAAGCAGAGCAGACCCGCCAUCCGAGACUUCUCUCACUCUGCCAGGCCGAGCAUACGAGGCUACGGCAUGGUGGCAGACAGUACGGACGUAGAGGACGCAGGGGUGAGUAAGAGGGAGCGUUUGGUGAACAACCUACAGAACCUUUCAGUGAGCGACAGAAUCAGGAUGCUCAGAGCGAUGCCUCUCAACUUGGCUGAGAAGAGUGAACUCAGGAGCUUAGCUUUACAAAAGGAGAAACGCAUACUUUCUGGCAGACAAAUCCCCUGUUGCAGUCGACUCAAAUAUUACAUCAUCAUUGGUGCAAGACAGAGUUGGUACAGUUGGCUGUCCUUCCUGCACUCCCUCCAUCUGUGGCAAGUCGCGCUCAAGAGAGUGAGCGGGCGUUUCGGCACUGGCGUCCUCUCGUACUUCCUGUUCAUUAAGACCCUACUCUUCUUCAACCUGUUCCUGUUCCUGGUGAUGUGUGCCUUGUUGGUGCUGCCUCAAGCAGUGCACCCUCCAGUGCUGGCCGAGGGGAGACGCUCCUUCUCUGGACUGGAGCUCCUCACUGGAGCGGGCUAUUUCUCAGACACAGUGAUGUACUAUGGCUACUACUCUAACUACACACAGAAUAAAGGCUGCAGUGACGAUGGCGGAGGGCAGAAUGUCUCUGUGUUCAAUGGAAUUAGGCCGGACUGUGUGUCGAAGCACCUCCCUUACAACAUGCCACUUGCAUACUUUUUCACCAUAUUAGUGGCUUUCUUCACCACAUGUAUCGUUCUCGUGUACAGCAUGUCAAAGUCGUUUGGUCAGAGCUUCCGAAUCGACAAAUCUCACAGUAUCUUGGCCAUGAAGGUCCUCUGCUCCUGGGACUUCAAGGUCAUUAAGAAAACGUCUGUCAAACUCAUGUCUGAGAAUAUCUGCACUCAGCUCAAGGAGCUGCUAGCAGAGGUGAAUCAUGAGCAUGUCCUGAACACUAGAUGCCAGAAGCUGGGGAGACUGAUGGUUCAUGGCCUGGCAUGGUCUAUCUGCAUAGCAAGCACCACUGCCUGUGUGCUUGCUAUUUACUACUUCUCUGAAUUCAUGCACGAGGUGAAGCGGGGUGGUAUCAUGGUCCAAAGUCAACAAGGAUCAAAAUCUUUAUUGAACCACCAGAAAAGUUCUCGUAAUACCACCGAGAACCUCUUGUUGAAUGAGGCCAGCCUGCUGGCUCUCCCCGUGGUGGUGUCCCUCAUCAACCUGCUGCUGCCCGGCCUGUUCAACCUCGCAGCCUGGAUGGAGGACUACAACUCACCUUCUGUGCGCACAUACGUCGCCAUCAGCAGAAACUUGAUGUUGAAAGUAAGCGUGCUUGGAGUCCUGUGCUACCACUGGCUGGGUCGGGUGGCUGCUGACCCUGAAAGUAUUGGACUGAAGUGCUGGGAGAGUUUUGUUGGCCAGGAGCUUUAUCGUUUCCUACUCAUGGACUUCAUCUUCACUCUACUGGACACCUUGUUUGGAGAGUUUCUUUGGAGGCUGUUUUCUGAGAAAGUGCUGAAGAGGAGGAGGAAACCAGUGUUUGAUAUCGCCAGGAACGUCCUUGAUCUUAUCUAUGGACAGACGUUAGCCUGGUUGGGCGUUCUCUUCAGUCCUCUCCUGCCAGCAGCACAGAUUGUCAAACUCUUGCUGCUCUUCUACGUUAAAAAGAGCAGCGUGAUGAUGAACUGUCAGGCCCCCUGGAAGCCAUACAGGGUCAGCCAGAUGACCACCGUCUUCAUCACUCUUCUCUGCUUCCCCUCUUUCCUCGGUGCCACUGUGUGUGUUACAUACACCAUGUGGAGCAUCACACCCUCCUCAUCGUGCGGUCCGUUCCGCGGGCUCAAAACGAUGUUCCAGGCGGGGAAGCUGUGGGUGGAAGAGCUGGAAAAAGAUAAUCCCAACUUCUCUGUGGUGGCCAGGGCUCACUCCUACUUGGUGGAAAACCCUCUCUUCCUGUUUGUGGCAGCAGGCAUCUUCCUGAUCGUCAUCUACUUCCACAGUCAGGUGCUGGACGGUCAGAGGAAGAUCAUCAACUUACUACAGGAGCAGAUAGAAAAUGAGGGAGAGGAUAAGAAGUUUCUGAUCACUCGCCUUCAGUCUAUCCACGAGCAAAAACGAACCCCCGGACGAAGACUCACAAGUCAGGACUCCGGGUGUUGAGAUCCCAACCUCCAGUCAACAAGCCUCCUCAAUUCUAUGAGCACUGAGGUCUGGAGAAAUCUUAAGCCAGCACGGCUAUAACUGGAAUAACAACAGGGAAGGACCACUGUAAAUAUGACCAAAUUCAAAUGUAAUAUGCAUUUUAAAUUUGGUCAGGAUUUUAUUGGCUGGAGCGAUUGUAGUGAAGCAAAACAAACCAAGUGGAAAUAUCAGGUGAAACAAAGCUGUCUGCUUUAUACAGUGCUGUUUAGAGAUGAAACGCCUGAACUCAAACUGUAGAAAGUUAAAUGUUACAGAUGGACAGUAUAACCGAUGUUCAUCAGUUUAAAAUGGACUUCAGUCAUCUCUCGGAAAAGCACUUUCAUAUCAACUGUGAACAACUGUGUUUUUUAUUAUUAUUUCUCCUGCAAAAAAAACUGUAUGUAGUCUACAAUGUUUUUUUUAAUGCUUUUAAUUU